AUGCUUUUGAAGGUGGGUUAGUUGUCAAACUUUCUGCUUGAAACAGAAUUUGAGGUUUUCCUGCCACUUCUCGUCGUUCUCAUCGGCCUUUUUUCGCCGAUCGAAGCUUGGUCACCGGAAUAUUUCCUUCGGCCUUGCGGUGAAUUUAAGCCGUGCCUUGAAAUGUACGAAUGCGUUAACAAUUAUUGCCAUCGUCAAUAAGCUUCACCUUGGAAACAAUUUUGUUCAAUAAACUUUUCCGGUCAAUUGUAUUGAUAAACACACUGAGCUGAAGAAUUUCGCUCCUUCAUAGUAAAAAGACGUGUCAUUUUUAUCUCUGAGAUUCGAAAACGAUACGCCUGGGCUUUCUGGCUCGACGCUCUUCAAUGCUUACUUGUUCUGCUUUGCGAAAGCCGUUUCGUGGUCGGACGAGCCUUUCUAAGGUUUUCUAUGAACUAUGACAGUCUCGUAGUAGCUCUUAUUUCUUAAGCUAUCUAUUACUUUUCGUACACUAUAUUUUUACCUCAGUUAUAGGAUUACCUCCACACUUUUUCAUGUUUCCGCGCGCAAGUCGCAUUAUGGUCGGGCAAGUUUCCUCCAAUGUAACUUGCUGGCAAUGUCAGCCUCUUGAUAGUCGUUCCAUGGCAAGCCAUUCGCCAUGCGAAAAUUGUAAAUUAAGUAUGCCCAAACAAGCUAUAACUUUGGGAUGGGAACGAACAAAAUCGCUCAAAGAUUCCCAUAUGAUAGUUAACUUCCAAAUCAGUUUUUGAGAUCCCGAUGUGUUUAAAUAACCGAGAAACCCGUGAAAAAUCACUUCUCAACGAGCCAAAUGUUACUGAAGGUUAGUUUUUUUCUCCUGUUUCCAACUCAAAUUCGAAUUUUGAGGCAUUUCUCCUUCUCCUAGCCGUUCUCCUCGGCUUUUUCUUACCGACCGGUGCUUGGACGUUUCCGCGAAGACGUUUCGUUGCGCAAUGCAAUGCUACGAAACCAUGCCAUCCAUCGAAAGAAUGUGUUAA